AUGACUCUCGAGCUAGAAGCAGAGUAUCGGAAUUCGGCGCUUGGCCCUCACGUUAAAUAUAUUUCUGCCGGAAGUCUGGACAAGCUUGCAUCUGAGCUGCGCAAUAUGAGAAUAACAGAUCGUGUUACACCGCGAGGUGACCAAGGCACAGAGGCAUAUUACGAGGUUGAACGCGAAGUCAGACGCGUGACGAAGACCCCAGGCGAAGUUCACGAUAUCAUGAACUUGUCGUUCGAACACUACAAGAUCCUACGACCAGAGAUAAUCAGAUCUAACAUUGGAUACAAGCUGCUGGUAAAUUGUGGUCUGGAAAACAAGAACUCUGAAACUGUCCCAGAGUUAUACCACGCUUCAUUCUACUGGACACCGUCUGCUUCAUUUUCUACAUAG